AUGUCGGCCGCAAAGCAGAAGGCUCAGCAGAUCAUCGAGCAGAACCCGGUCGUGGUCUUCUCCAAAUCCUACUGUCCGUACUGCCGCGCGAGUAAGAGCUUGCUGGAUCAGAAACAUGCGAAGUACUAUCUGCUGGAGUUGGAUGAAGUCGAUGACGGCCCUGCGAUCCAAGAUGCCCUAGAAGAAAUCACCGGCCAGCGCACCGUUCCGAACAUCUUCAUCGGUCACAAGCAUAUCGGCGGUAACUCUGACCUUCAGGCCAAGAAGGGACAGCUGGACGGAUUGCUGAAGACUGUUGGGGCCAUCUAA